CAGUAAUUUGUUUGCUUUCAAGUCGAAAGUUGCCACUGGAGCGAUCGGCGGGGCUGAGAUCGCCGCAGUCGAUGUGCCCGAGCGGCUAUUAGCGACUGAGUGAGUGAGUGUGUCGAUACCAUGAUGAACAUUGCGUGGGUGUCGUUGUUCGCGAUGACUUUGUACAUGAGCAGCGCGACGGCGGAAGAAACAACCAUGACCCCCGUGAGUCCCGUCGGGCGGAAAAUGUACAUUCCAGACAACAUUUGCUUCUGGAACGACGACGUGCCUCCGACGGAAUUGAUGAUAGUGUGCCAUUGCGACGGUCACCUCGAAACGGAUUUCUCUUCCGCCGAGUUCAACUGUUGGAUAGUCACGCAGAUGUACGAAAGCGAUCCGAUUUGGGACGUGUUCAAGCGACAGGGGAAUUUGACGCACUUGACGUUCAAUCUGCGGCAAGACGGUAACAUGAGCUUUAUUCCCAAGAAAGCCCUGCAGCACAUGGACAAGCUGGUCACGUUUAAGGUGAACCACGCGAGCAUCCCGCGCAUUCGUGCGCGAGACUUCUUCAACUUGGCGCACUUGACGGAGAUCAAACUCAGCUCCUGCGAGAUCAAGAAAAUCGAGAAGCAGGCUUUCUAUAACUUGACCAGCUUGUCGGUCCUCGAACUGAGCCAUAAUAGGAUAGAUAAAAUCCGCAAAAACGUGUUCCACCUAUUGCCGAAGUUGGAGAAGCUCUACUUGGAUCGCAAUGGAUUGAAGGAACUCGAGGCCGGCUGCUUCAAAGAGUUGGUGAGCCUGGAGCAUCUCGAGCUUUGGAAGAACGAAAUCGCCAACAUUACGGAGAAGACCUUCAGGAACCUGAAGAGCCUGAUUAAAUUGGAUCUCAGCGAGAACCAAAUCGAGUACUUGCCGAAUUACCCGUUUCAAGACCUCGAGAACUUGAGAGAACUCAACUUGGAUGACAACAGCGUUCGCUUCAUUGACGAAUUCGCCUUCUUCGGGCUGUCGAACUUGGUGACGUUGCAACUUCGCGACAACAAGCUUGUCAACCUUGGCCAAGGCCUGUUUUACUACACACCGAAGCUCACCGUCCUGGAUCUCCGCCAAAACGUGCUCGAAACUUUGCAAUUUCACACCAUCGCUAAUUUGGCCGCCAACUUCAACAACGUGUCAUUCUCUAUGACCCUUACAGGAAUCCCCGUGAUCCGCGCGGGAGCAAAACACGACGAUCGAAACCCGAAAAGGCAGGGCGUUCCCUUUUUCAUGGCUAAUAAUCCCAUGUGGAACGUCAAUUAA